CUUAUAUAAAAGCUGUUGUUGCUAGUGUGUAUUAUAAAGUUAGCAAUUUCUUUCGAUUCUGCAUAUUGCUAAAUACACUCUGCCUGAAACAGCAUUUAAUUUAACUAAAUGUCUCUUAGGAAAUGAAUAUACCCUUAAGUCUCUGAACUGAAUCUUGUGCUGUGCUUACCUAAUACAAGCUGUGGGAUAGAUAUCUGCUGGGAUUUUAAUUUAGCACAAGUCUUGUAUUCUCAGUUUGACAACCUAUUCUCGUGUGUACAUCAGAUGAUAAGAUAUAAGAACUAGAUAAAGUAAACUAAAUCAGACAGGCAUUUAUCAGCUGUGCCUGGUCAGUAUGGUACAAGCUACCGCAAUGCAGCUUCUUUUGAUCUUGGCUCUAUUGAGCCCAGUGAUUAAACCUACACCAGGUAAAACAACAGAACCUGCUUGCACACUUCAGGGAAACUUUGAGCUCCCCGGAUUCCUUGCAGAUGGAGACAUUAUUAUUGCAGGACUCUUCCCCAUACAUUACCGGGUACUGGCUCCUGAACUCAACUACACCUACAAACCUGCAGCUUUAGGAUGCCAAGGCUUUAGCUCUAGAACAUUUCGUCGGGCCCAGACGAUGAGAUUUGCUAUUAAAGAAAUCAACGAGAAUCCAAGUCUUCUUCCAAAUAUUACUCUGGGAUAUAAGAUGUAUGAUUCCUGUGACACACAUGUGGGUGCAGUGCGAGCCGCUCUCUCAGUUAUUAAUGGGCCCAAAGAAGUCUCAAGUAUGAUGUGCUCUGGAGCCUCACCUGUGAAGGUCAUUAUUACAUCAUUUUCCAGUAUUGUGUCAAAUACACUGCAACCUUUUAAAAUCCCCUUGAUAAGUUAUGUCUCAACAUGUGCUUGCCUUAGCAACAGAAACAACUAUCCACAUUUUUUUCGAACUAUUCCAAGUGAUUAUUACCAGGUGAAAGCCAUCGUUCAGCUGGUAAAGCACUUUGGCUGGACCUGGGUUGGAGGAGUUUAUGAAGAUACUGGAUAUGGAAUAUUUGCAUUUGAACAGCUAAGUAAAGAAUUUAAAAAAAUUGGAGUCUGUUUGGCCUACUGUGAAAUUAUUAAUAAAGCAUACAGCAGAAAAAGGAUUCUUAACAUUUUAGAUAUAAUGAAGAAGUCCUCUGCAAAGGUCGUCAUAUCGUUUGCAGAAGAGGGGGGGCUCUACCCCUUGCUGACAGAGUAUGUACAACAAAAUAUCACAGGAAUUCAGUGGAUAGCCAGUGAAGCCUGGAUAACAUCUUCCGUGUUUUCAUCCAGAAAAUUCUAUCCAUCACUAGGUGGUACAAUUGGAUUUGCCAUUCGCAGGGGUGAGAUUCCUGGUUUAAAAGACUUCCUCCUUCAAGUUCAUCCAUCGUUGUACCCUGACAAUGCUCUAGUCAAGGAGCUCUGGAGCACUAUAUUUGGAUGCGCAUUUCAACCUUCAAACACCACUGACCAGUCUGUGAGAGGGCUGCCUUUGUGUACUGGUCAUGAAUCUUUAGAAGAGAAGUACAGUGAAUACACAGAUGUAUCUAGUCUCAGAAUGUCUUACAAUGUUUAUAAAGCAGUAUAUGCUUUUGCUCAUUCAUUGCACAAUUUGAUAAACUGUGAGCCUGGCAAAGGACCAUUUGAUAAUUUCACAUGUGCAGAUAUUUCAAACAUCGAGCCUUAUCAGCUUCAGCAUUACAUUCAAGAGGUGUCAUUCACAAUGUUCGGAGAAGAAAUCAACUUUGAUAGCAAUGGAGACACAUCUGCCUCCUAUGAUUUGAUAAACUGGCAGAGAGACGCAGAUGGAACUAUUCGCUUUGUCACAGUGGGGCUUUACGAUGUAUCCAAAGGUGUGGGCAAAGAGCUUGUGAUAAACGAAACGAUAUUACAUUGGAGAGGCAACCAAACCAAGGUACCGAGUUCAGUAUGCACUGAAAGCUGCCCCCCUGGUACAAGGAAAGGGGUUCGUCGAGGAGAGCCUCUUUGUUGCUUUGACUGUCUACCAUGUGCUGAUGGUGAGAUUAGUGAUCAGACAGAUUCAAUAGAAUGCAUACAAUGCCCUGUGGAUUUCUGGUCGAAUGCUGAAAGAACUGAAUGCAUACCCAAAGAAAUUGAAUACCUUACGUACGAUGAAAUGGGGGUCACGUUAACUGUGAUUGCCUUAUUUGGAGCCUGUCUUACAAUUGGUGUCCUUGCUGUGUUCCUUCAUUACAAAAACACUCCAAUAGUCCGUGUCAACAACUCUGAACUCAGCUUUUUCAUUCUGCUGUCACUGGCACUGUGUUUCCUGUCUUCUAUUGCAUUCAUAGGUGAGCCAGCUAAUUGGUCUUGCAUGUUUAGGCACACUGUGUUUAGCAUCACAUUCUCACUGUGCAUAUCUUGUAUUCUUGGUAAAACAGUAGUGGUGCUGAUGGUCUUUAAAGCCACACAACCUGGCAGUAAUAUCAUGAAAUGGUUUGGACCCAUACAACAAAGAAUUAUGAUUUCCGCUUGCACUUCUGUUCAGAUUAUCAUCUGUGCUAUAUGGUUGAUUGCUAUGCCCCCCUUCCCUUCAAAGAACACUAAAUAUCAAAGUUCAAAGAUUAUUUUGGAAUGUGAUGUUGGGUCUACCUUGGCAUUUUGGUGUGUAUUGGGCUACAUUGGGGUUUUGGCUUGUAUGUGCUUUGUUCUUGCAUUUUUAGCAAGGAAACUGCCGGGCAAUUUCAAUGAGGCCAAAUACAUUACAUUUAGUAUGCUCAUCUUUUGUGCUGUAUGGAUAGCCUUUAUACCUGCGUAUGUCAGUUCACCAGGAAAAUACACUGUUGCAGUUGAAAUAUUUGCUAUUCUUUCAUCGAGUUUUGGGCUACUUUUCUGUAUAUUUGCACCAAAAUGCUACAUAAUUUUACUAAAACCAGAGAAAAACACUAAGCAAUACAUUAUGGGGAAGUAACAUGGCAGUAGAAACAAAAACAUUUGAUGAAAGCAUGAAGAGUAGAAUGGAUAUGGAAGAGGAGAGUGGCUAUGGAAGAGGAGAGUGGAUAGUGUGGCCUAUAAAACAUUCUGUAUGUAAACCUUAUUGUGAACCAUUAGACUUUGUAAAGUGUUAUGUAAUGCAUAAUAAAUCAGCCUUAAAAUGAUCUUAAAGGGUACAACAUUAUUAUAAAAAAUACAGUAUGUGACUCACAUGGUAAGAAAUGUUCAAUAAUAAAAGUCUGGACAAUUUGAAUGUUAACCAUGAUAAGGUUUAUAUAUCACUGAAUUUCGUUUCAUGUAAACACUCUUUUAAAUGACCUAGAGACCUGUUUUUAAUCGAAAAACUGUAUUGCUGCAUAGAUGAUCUGUAUACUGACACAAUUAAAAACAACUUUAGC